CUGUGUUUUUGUCGUAAGCAUGGAAGUUCCUUGCUGGUGGUCGGCAUGGCGGUCUCAAAAACGUGCUGAAGCGUGUUAAUCUCCAUGUGGCCAGACUGACUCAGGACCCCACUGAAGACACAUUCAUGCACUUUAAUAGCAAAUCUGGCAAACAACGAAACACAUUAGUGCAACUGCAGAAUAAAAGCAACCUUGCAAGUUUUAUAUAGCAGAAAUUAAGGUUUUCUUCAUGGGAGGUCUCUGAUUCUUGCAAACGGCUUAAAAAAAAAGACGCUCUAGCAACAUCCACGAGAAAUGAAUGGAACAGUUCGCCAAAUUACCAUAAACUCUAAUCCAGGAUUAGAUUUCUUCCUGCGGGUGGACUGGGCUGUGGAUUUGGGUGCUGGCUUCACCUUAGCCCUCACCGAUGGCAGCUCAGCAUGGAUUGGAGAAGUUUCAGAAGAUGAUCUAACAAGGGAGGCCAGCGACAGGGGAAUUGUAAGGGAGCGGUACGUCAGGGAUCUUCUUCAAGCUCUAACAAAAACAGGCAUGGAACAAGGAAAGAGGAGAGGAGAGGACAAGAAGGCGUUUUCCUUUGACAUCUCUCCAGAUCAUCGGUAUCUCUCAUACCAGAAGAUCUGUAACAACAACACGAUACAUUUGGGCUCUGUGGAACUCCAGCCGGCUCCAGACCCUGUAGAGCUUACCCGGGGGAUGAUAGCUCAGUCCCUGCAGCGCAGCACUGAUCUAGAAGCAGAAAACUCCAUGCUGUUAGCAGAGAACCACAGACUGAGUGAGGAACACCUGAGAACAGUUAAGGAGCUCAAACAGCAAGUCCAGGACAAGGAGAAGCUGGAGAUGGAGCUUUACCGACGUUUUGUCAUGGUGAUGAAUGAAAAGAAGGCCAAGAUUAGAAGCUUACAAGAUGCAGUUCACCAGCUGUCCCACAGCGAUGAGGAUGGCAGAAGAGACGAGGGGAUACAAAGGCAAAACGAGAAGGCUCAGGAUGAAGAUGGUUGUUGGAACAGAAGACAACAGACUGUUCAAAGUAUUCAACCGUCUCAGGAACCAACUAUUCUAAUUACAGGUCGUAAUCUGGUGUCACAUGGUAUCCCUAUUCACCAUGAGUUUUCUGAUGAUCAGGAGGAAGAAGAGUCUAGACAAGAAGACAUGCUGCUUCAUUCCUCAAACCUGGAAUCCUCUGAAAAUUGAUAAAAUAAUCCAGAGCAAAGGAUUUUGGAGCAAGCAUGCAUCCCAUCGACGCCGUUGUGAAGAUGUGUCAGUGGUCAUGUGAAAAGAGCUGCUUUAUGAUUCUCCAGCACCUCCUUUGGGAGCUAAUUGUGCUACCGCUAAUCAUGAGAGGAACACGAUGGAAGAUCUGGACCGGGAGUUGGAGAGGAAUUUCCUAAGAGCCUCACACAAACCUUAAAUCUUGUUGCCAAACCUCUCAGCCUCAGCUCUGUGUGAGACCCAAACAAGAGGAACAGCCAUUAAAGGACAACCAGAAACACCCAGAAAAGAGGGCGUCACCAACAUAAAUCCAAAUCUGCUUUGCUUCUUCUUAUCCAGCAUGCCUUUUAGUCAGUUUCCCUUUAUUACAUCUAGAGAACAAGUAAAAUAUCUUUCUGUAAAACAUACCCCCCCCCCCACACACACACCUUUUUCAUCUGUAAAUACUCUGUGGUUCAAACAGUCUGAACAAAGGUGUAAUAGGGUUAUGUUGUCUGUCAUUGUUUGGCUUUAGCUUCCUAGAUCACUGCAGGGUAUUUUGCUUGCGAAGGCAAAUGAACCCGCCUGUUUAGGGUCUUUAUCUGACUAUUCCACCUCUGGGUUUUAGUCGCUCUAGUAGCCUUUUGUUAUUUUGAUUAUACCUUUUUUUGUCAGCUGAAGUCCACGGGUGGCCACUUGGAUAAUCCGCCUGCAACACGUUCAUUCUGGUAUACUAAUCCCCACAGGAAUGUCACUCUCUCCUCUCCAUCCACCCCAUCAAUUAGGUAUUUUACAAAAGGCACUGGAGAGCAGUGUUGAAGGCUAAUUUACAAAUGACUGCAUGACAGCAUGAUGACAAAGAGAUUACAAGACUAAUCUUAAUAUUUCAGUGCGUUCAUUAGUUCACGUUACUCACAACUCUAAACCCAGUCGAAACUUUUGAUCCUCUUUGGAUUGAUCUUUAAAGGCAUUGCUGACAUGUUUGUAGAUUUCUUAAAAUUGUUAUGCAGUUUAAAGAAUAAAUAUUUUAAAUAUUGUUUUAAAUCUGCUGCAGAGUCAUUGAUGGCAUUGUACUGUUUUGUGCUUGUUUAAAUUGCAAUAUCGAUCUCAUUCAUUCUUUUGCUUUUUUUUUCGUUUUUUUCUACCAAACUAUUUUCCAUUAUUAAAAAAAAAAAGAUAAAUGUUUAAAAGACGAAUAUGUCGUUUUUGACGGCUGUUCAGUAUCUUGUAUUUUUUUUAAUAAAGGUUGUUUCCUUAUUCUGAAGAAGCAAUAAACUGUAUCUCAACAUUUAGACAGCAAUACUAUACCAAAGUGUUUGCAUCUUGGUAAGAAAAAAACGAUUAACUAUUAAUUUUAUAUUCAUUUUCACUUAAUUUUUUAUUAACUAUUAUUGUGUUGUGUCAACAGCCUCUUCUUUUUUUAUUGUGUUUACUUUUAAAAUGACACUAUCAUUGUUCUAAAUGUUUUGGUGGAUGUGUUUUCCCGACAUCGCAUGGUUAAAAAAACAAGGGCCCCAUUUUUUGGUUCAACAGCUACAGGGGCCACGUCCGGAUCAAUCAGCUGCACACGUGCUCCUGUAGCUGAAGGGGUUAAUGCCGUCUGGGGAAAGAGCAUUGACAUCUAUGCCAGCCUGAAAUUAAAUGUUCAGUCACUUAUCAUCGUCAUUCACUUACUGGGUGCACCUGUAGGAUUCUCAUCAUGCAAGAAAAUGACAGGACUCUUCCUGCCGCUUCUGCUGCAGAGCCGCAGCCAGACAGAGUGGUCUUUGUCUGCUGCAAGGCGGUUCUCUGGCCCCAGUGCUCACCGCCUCGCACUGUAAUGUCUGACACAACUUGGCCUCGUACCAACAUCGUUUCAAAGCUGAAGAUGACAUCUUGUACUUUUGCUAAACUCUGUUAUCAGACAGUUAUAGAGACGUUUUACUGUAACUAGGCACUGAUUUGAUGUUUUUCAACAAUACACCGGUUUUAUAUGGCCAGGCAUGUCAGACUA